AUGUCUUCAUACAAAUCUACAUUCAACUCGCCGCGCUCAUCCCCUUUCCGCCGACCAGCCUCUCCAGGCUCACCUACCCUAGUCAGCAAUGGAAGACCCAACACUCCGCCAACCAACAGGAGCGGUGCAUCGCCACUGACUUCGCCAUCCAAACUGAAGCAUGCCUACACCGUCUCGGAAGAGGAGGAGGACGAAGAGGAAAUAAUUGUCUCGACGCCCUCGAAGGCUACUGGAGAAACGCCCUUCCGGAGAGCACAAACUGAACCACCACCAUCACCACCUACCCGUCAGUCACAGCUCGUUUCACCGUCCAAGUUCGAGAGGCCCUCUCUGUCAGUCUUGGACAACGGAACAGCCAAGGAACCACGCAGGCUUGUCUCGAACGGCAUGCUUUCCCAGAACGACAACCUCUCCAAACUCCCUCCCCAACUACUGCACAACAUGCGCGAAUCCUUCUCCGUCCUGGACUCCAAUUCGAACGGUACGAUCGACGCGUCUUCGGUGGCAGAGACCCUCCAGUCUCUAGGCUUGCACGAGAGCAACCUAUCGCAAUUCUUCGCUGCCGGACAACCACAGCAGAUGUCCUUACCUCAAUACCUCGGCCAACUGGCCAACAUCCUAGUCGGAUUAUCACCCCAGCAAGAGCUGCUGAACGCCUUCUCCGCCUUUGACGACGACGACAGCGGCCAGAUCGACAUCGCAGAACUACGCACCGCGCUGCUCAACACCGCACCCGACCCCGGCGAACGGCCACUGUCCGCAAAGGACAUUGACCGUGCAAUGGAAGGCUUCACGGGCCGAAGAAUCCUGGGCAAGAAUGUCAUCGGCAUCGCGGGCGUGCGAGGCCUGAAGGACCCUGCGCCCAAGAAAGGCGGCGACGUAUUCCGCUAUCAGGAGUUCGUGGGCAACCUGACCGGUGGUCCGGCGACGGAGGGUGGCCAUGCUCAGGUUGUUGCUUCUCGGUGA